ACGAGUCCCGUAUUUGACAACCGAAACAGGAAGUGUUUCAAGCAAGGCUAAGCUCUUCAGUCCCUUCUCCCGGUCUCUGUAAAUUGGAUUUAGUCUUCGGUGGCAAAAUGUCCAAGGAGGUGCCGAGAGUGAGCGAUGCGACAGUGAUUAAUGGUCGUGUUUUCCUCGAGGCAGAAGGUCAGAGCAGGUAUUCGGGCCGGUACACAGGCAGCGAGCAGAAUGAUCUCAGGGCAAGAGCACGACCUCCUGGGACCUCUAACACCAUGUCUGAAUCUCAGGCUGGAUUGGAUACAGCACCAGAGGCAGCACUAGUGGAUGACUGUGAGAGGCUGGGUACUCUGUUUGGGAUGUUCAAUAAGUGCCUGAGAGGCAUGGGCUUCACACAGUUCUACUUUGGGGAGAAGAUUGUAGAGCCUAUGGUGGUGCUCCUCUUCUGGCUGCUACUCUGGUUCCUUGGCAUCCAGGCUCUGGGUCUUGUAGGAACUCUUUGUAUUAUCAUCAUAUACAUCCAGAAGUAGUGGCCUAAACAGGAUGGAAUGAUUAGGUUCUUUGUGUCUUGGCGUGAUCUAACACAGGUCAGCAUAUUUAAUGUCCACUUAUAAUGAAAAGCAUUCUAACAUAUGAUGGGUUUAGGCCUCUCUCCUUUGUGAGCCUCAAAUGACUGCAUACGUAUACAGUGCCAUGCAAAAGUAUUCAACCUUUAUAAAGCUUUUAUAUAUGCUUUAAUUAUUUUGUUGGUUAAAAUAAACCUUUUGUAUGAGUUCAAUUAAAACACUUUUACAUUGCACUGUAAAUGGGGAUGGGACUAGGUAGGAAGUUUCAGAAAGCUGAUAUUGAAGGUUUUCUUAUCAUCUAUGCACUAAUUUAGAUGUUUUUGAUCUGCAUCAGUUUGUAUUGACUGUUGAGUGAGUACAUAUUCAUAACUAGCAUGGAUGUUAAUGAAAAAAAGCACUUUAGGAGGAAGAACAUGAUACUAAUUUACCUUACUAAAACAAAAAGAGAUAUAUCAAUCAUACAUUUUCUUUAAAAUUUAAUUAAUAGUUCUCUCUCUUUUUUUUUUUUUUUUUGUUAUUUUAUCUCAUUGCCCUUAUAGUUUUUUUCUGUGCAUUCUCCACACAAGUGCACUAGAGGGCAACCUCUUCCUGCUCCCUAUCUCCUGGAAAAGCGAUCAAGAAAUGAUCGCUCUCUUUGUAACAAAUAGUAAAGAAUAGUUGAUAAAAGUCAAACUGUACCAAUGCAUGGCAUGUCAUUCACAUUCUGGCAUGGGAACUGUAUGUAAAACAAAUGAUUCAUUCUUAAUGCUUAUAUGAAUUGAGCAUUUACAUUAUGGUAUGUAAGUGCAAAUGUGUGUACAUGUGUGGGGCCCUGUGUUUUCAUGCUUUGCACCCAGUGUUCCUGGGAUAGGCUCUGGAUCCACGACAACCUUGAUUAGGAUUACUAAAGAUUAAUGGAUGGGUGAAUGAAUAAUUAACAUGAUCUCCUGUGUUCUGCUGAUAAACGUAUUUGUCCACACAAAUGUAUUAUUAUAGCAUAAUUGCUCUCAGUAUUAUGAGAAGGUUUAUAUUCAUAUGAUUCUUACAUAACAUCAAGAAUUGCAAAUGUAAAAAUCAUACUAGAAGUAAUACAUUAAAACAUAACCAUGACCUGUCCAUACUGAUGCUUAAAAAUGAAUAACCGGCUAAUUUCUGUUCUUUAAAAGAGACAACUUUUGAAUGGAAGAUAAGUUAAGCUGUAAGACCAUUUACAGCUGUCUCACAAUCUGAAAAUUAUUUGUGAAUAAAUGUGAUCUUUAACUGCAGAGUUGUCUGAGUUACAGCUGUAACACAGGCAUAUGUUUUGGUUAUGAUUGUAAUUCACUAAAAUGAUGAGGACAUUUCCUCUUUCUAUGUAAAAAAAAAAAAAAAAAAUGUGAUCAUUGGCAGUUUACAGCUGUACCUUUACCUCAUUUAGCAGACUUUGUGCCAUAAUUUAGAUCAUUAUUUAUGCCGUCUUGCUGCAUUUUCUAUCAGCUCUUUUGGGAAAUUUUAUUUGUAAGUAGUCAAUUGUUAUAUACUUGACUUCUGUACCUGCAGUCAACUGUGGCUUAAUAUUUGGCUAUCUAAAUAAAAGCUAUGUUUUUAAAGAACAAA